UUUCUCAAUCGCUUUGGUGCAUUUCUUAGAUCAAAAGUGCAAUUCUUGAUACUACUUGUACAAAUUCCAAAUCAUCUAGUCACUUGUGCACAUCAUUAAAGCAAUUUCUUAUUCCUUUGAACAAAUUGCAAUUGCUUUUGUACAUAUUGCAAUUGAUAAUGUACAAGUGUACUUUUUUCCACAUUUUCAAUUGCUCAUGUCAUGUUGAUCAAAAUGUAGUAAAUGGUUCUCUGUUGAAUAGUCUUACCCCUCAAAAUAUCUAGGCAUUAGUUCUUUGCAUAAGCCAUUACAUGCAAAAUUGUUGAACUAUUUGUCAUAAACUGUCAGGCAUAGUUUUACACAUUUUUUUAUUAGACUUUUUGUACAAAGAUGUGAAUUGAUGAAUCGUGCAGGUGAAAUUGACCCUCACUCAAGGAAUGUAAAGUGUUAGUUCAACCAACAAUCAACCAGUUGUCUAAAUUGCUCAAAGGUGCAUCUCAUGAACAAUCAAUUGGGAAGCAUAUAUAGACAGACCACAACACAGAGUUGCAACUUUCCAACAAUGGAUGGACCAGGAAACGAACAGGGUCAACAGCCAGGAGGAAGAAGAGGAGCAAGGAUGCGUGGUGGAAGGCAAAACAGAGGACGAGGCAGAAGAGGACAUAGGCGCAUAUCUGAUGACAUAAGGGCCACUAUUGUAGACCAUGUUGUCAAUCAUGGCCUUACUAUGGCUGAGGCGGGUCGAAGGGUGCAGCCGAACAUUGGGAGAUCAACCGUGUCCUCAAUAGUUCAAACGUUUCGAAGAGAGAACCGGACAGCAAAAUUACCACAAACCGGUGGCAGAGGACGCCUUUUCACACCUCAACAGGAAGAGGCUAUAUGCACCAUGGUCCGAGCAAACAAUGCUAUGAGACUCAGGGAAAUACAAAGGACCAUUAUAGAAGACAACGAUGUCUUUGAAAACAUCCGUACUGUUAGCAUCUCAACCAUUGACAGGGUGCUGCAUAGAAACCAGAUGAGUAUGAAACAGCUGUACCGUGUACCAUUCCAAAGGAAUGAGGACCGAGUUAAGGAGAUACGGUACCAGUAUGUACAGCGUAUAAUGGAGUUGGAAUCAAGUGAACCCUCUCACAACUUUGUAUACAUGGAUGAGGCUGGCUUCAACCUGAUCAAAUGCAGAAGGCGGGGUAGGAAUGUCAUCGGUCAGAGAGCUACUGUGGAUUUGCCAGGCCAAAGGGGAGGAAAUAUCACCAUGUGUGCUGCUAUUUCAGAGCAUGGCGUCCUAACCCAUAUCCCCCUUAUAGGACCAUACAACACCCAGCAUCUACUCAACUUUUUAGAGACUCUCUACAGGGCUCUCAUCCCUGAUGAUGAGAGGGGUCUGUUUAGAGAGGAUUUGCCAAAGUAUGUUGUCAUUUGUGAUAAUGUGAGUUUCCAUCGAUCAAACAUCAUAAGGCAAUGGUUUGUGACCCACCCGAGGAUGCUCAUAGAAUUCCUUCCACCUUAUUCUCCAUUCCUUAACCCAAUUGAGGAGUUCUUUUCAGCAUGGAGGUGGAAGGUGUAUGAUCAUCAGCCACACACACAGAUGACCCUGCUGGCUGCAAUGGAUGCAGCAUGUGAGGACAUCACAGUAGAUGCCUGCAGAGGAUGGAUAAGGCAUUCCAAAAGAUUCUUUCCACGUUGCAUUGGAAGGGAAAAUAUCCGGUGUGAUGUGGAUGAGAAUAUGUGGGCCGACAGACAGGAACGUCUGGAUGUGUAGAGACAGCACUAGAAACAGUGCUGCAGGCAAAGUUGUGCCUUAGGGGUGUUUCCUGUGUUUUAGUUUUUAUUUUACUUUGUGCCCCUUGUCUUUUUCUUACUGUAAAUUAUUUUGUUGUUUUCUUUCAUAAAGUAGCACUAGUAAAGCUGUGAAAAACAAAAUCAAUUUUGUCUCUUUCAAUCAAUAACCCACAUAGAGUAAUAUGUAUAUAGUACUGUUGAAAUUGAUUUAUGCCAUAGAAGUGCAGCCUUGUGCAUUUUCAGUACAGUAACCGUCAUCCAAACUGUAGCCUAAGUUUACAUCUGGUAAUACUGUCAAAGUACACACAGUUACAUUGACAACAUGCCUAAACAUUUUGACGAGCUUGUUCGUGAACAAUGACUCAAUGACUUAUC